CAAAACGAUACGCAUCACACCACUAUUACCACCACCGGUAUGAUAUAUAAACACUUGUUGUUUAAUUCAUUCUGAAUGAAACAUUCAUAGCACACACACACACACACCAUCGAUAUACACAAAGUACUGGUUUUCCUUGAUAUUAUCAUUCCGUCAUAUUCAUUGCUAAAACAUUGUUUUUUACAGGAAAAAACAGACAAAGACAACAAAUACGAGCGAGAAAUAAUUCACAUUUACCACAUUUGACACGUCAACAAAGGAAACGUUAAUUUUCUCAACAAAAGUGUUGAUUUUUUUAUUUGUGUUUUAAUUCUUCAACAAAAUUAUCAAAUCUCUUCAAUCAAAAUGGAAUCUUCAAUUUUAUCAUCAUUGGAACAACUUCGUCAACAUGGUACGAUUGUCGUUGCCGACACAGGUGAUUUUCAAUCAAUAAAAUCAUUUAAACCAACUGAUGCUACAACAAAUCCAUCAUUGAUAUUGGCCGCAUCAAAAUUACCACAAUAUUCACAUCUAUUCGAUAAAGCAGUUGAAUAUGGCCGUCAAUAUCCAGAAAAUUCAUUAGAAUCAGCUAUGGAUUAUCUAUUCGUAUUGUUUGGUCAAGAAAUAUUGAAAAUUAUUCCUGGCCGUGUAUCGACCGAAGUUGAUGCACGUCUUAGUUUCGAUAUUGAUGGAUCCGUACAAAAAGCUCGUAAAAUUAUUGAAUUAUAUGAAACAAUGGGUAUCGGAAAAGAUCGAAUAUUGAUCAAAUUGGCCACCACAUGGGAAGGUGUAAAAGCGGCCGAAAUUCUUGAAAAACAAUACGGUAUUCAUUGUAAUAUGACAUUAUUGUUCAAUUUUGCACAGGCUGUUGCAUGUGCCGAAUCAAAUGUAACAUUAAUCUCACCAUUUGUUGGCCGUAUUUAUGAUUGGUAUUGUAAACGUACAGGCGUAAAGAUUUAUGAAAAUCCAGCUGAUGAUCCAGGUGUUAAAUCAGUGACAAGUAUCUAUAAUUACUAUAAACAUCAUGGCUAUAAAACCGUUGUAAUGGGUGCAUCAUUUCGUAAUAUUGAUCAGAUUAAAUCAUUGGCUGGUUGUGAUCUAUUAACAAUUGCACCAUCAUUAUUAGCACAAUUAGAAGCAGAAACAAAUGUACAAAUAAACUGUUAUCUGGAUCCGAAAAAAUCCGCCGAAAUAGAUACAUUUAAAACACCGGUACAUUAUGAUGAAAAACGUUUUCGUUGGGAAUUGAAUGAAGAUGAAAUGGCAACCGAAAAAUUAUCCGAAGGUAUAAGAAAAUUUGCUGCUGAUGCACGACAAUUAGAAACAUUGAUUAAACAACGAUUGUCAUAAGAAGCAAAAAAAAAAAUUCAAUUUUACAUCAAGAAAAAAAACA